UCUCUCUCUUUUAUAGCCAUCCCUUGAUGCUAAACAGGACGUCUCCAUGGAUACAGGAAUAAACAGAUGAUAACAAGCCCUCAGCCUUUUAAAGCCCAUUUCAGAAGGGAGUAACAUGACAGACAGAGAAAGAGAGAGAGAGAGAGAGGACAGAAGUUGUGCAGACCAGGGAGUGUGUGUGCAUGUAUGUGGAUUGCCAGCAGCUGGAAGUCAGUAGCACAGCAGAAUACCCAAUAUGGCAGAAAGCACAGACAUGGACCAGCUUCUGAGCUCCUUUAAGAAGUUUGCUGUUCAUGGUGACACCAAAGCCACUGGGAAGGAGUUGAAUGGGAAAAACUGGGCAAAGCUGUGCAAAGACUGCAAAGUCAUUGAUGGCAAGAAUGUCACCGGCACCGAUGUAGAUAUUGUCUUCACUAAAGUCAAAGCAAAGACAUCUCGGGUUAUUACAUUUGAGGAGUUCCAGAAAGCUCUAGAAGAAUUGGCCCCAAAGAGGUUCAAAGGUCAAAGCAAAGAGGAGGCAUUGCAGUCUAUAUAUCAGCUAAUUGAAGGCAAAGAUCCUACCAACGUUGGUGUAACGAAAGUGGCAAAAACGCCUGCGGUGGAUAGGUUAACCGACACAUCUAAAUAUACUGGCUCGCACAAGGAGCGCUUUGAUCAGAGUGGGAAAGGCAAAGGAAAAGGUGGGCGGGAGGAGAUUGUGGAGCACACAGGCUACGUAGGGGCCUACAAGAACGCCGGGACUUACGAGGAGAAGACAAAGGCCAAGUAAGGCCUCACUGUCUCCAUAUCAACAUGUUCUAUGCUCUGAGCUCCAUGUUCAUCAGCACUUAUCUGGACCAAAGCCUAACUUGAACUUUGACCUGUAAAAUCCAACAGCCACUAUGCAGUGUAACACAGGAAGUGUUGUAAAUGUUCGUCUUUAAGGAUAAAGAACAUAGUAUUACAGUCAGUUUUCAUUAUAAAGUUGACAGAAGGUUAGGGUAUAAGAAGAAGUAAAGAUGUAGGCUCUGUUGAAGGGAAACAGAUAAGUAAUGUACUUGUUUGUUUUUAUGUUGCUGUUUAAUAGCUAUGAGAAAUGUGCAUCUGAACAUCACUAUUCUUUAGUGAACACAAUAACCAAUUUAAGAGAUUUUUUUUUUUCUAACUUAUGUAUAGACCUUAGGUAGUGCCACAUUUAAUUUUGGAUAGAAAUGAAAGUGAGGCUGUGAGGGAUAGAAUAGUUCAAUGUUGUCUAACAACAUACCGAUUGUUCAGCUGAUGAACAAAGCUUGGAGUAGACAAAAACAAUUUUAAAGUUGUGAAAAAAAUGACGUGAUCCAGAACCUUUACAGUGCACGCCAUUGUAAAGUCUGUACGUCUAUCCCCUGCAGUCAUCUAAAUUCUAACAUGAUUCAUUGCUAAAAGUCAGUAAUUACCCUUCUGUUGUUUGCUAAAAUUAUUUCCAAAACUUCAAUGUCAUAUCUUUGUUGUAGUUAGUUUACUGUAUUACUGAAACUGGAAACUGCCUUUGUAUAAACCAUUACUAAAUAUC